AUGUCCGCCGCCCAGCCCGGCACCAAGAUCAUCGCCACCCACUCCGGGACCUUCCACCUGGAUGAGGCUCUGGCCACGUACAUGCUCUGGCAGACGGAGGAGUUCAAGGGUGCCCAGCUGGUGCGCUCGCGCGACGCCGAAGUCCUGGCCACGGCUGACGUUGUGUACGAUGUCGGGUCGGUCUAUGACCCGGCUUCGCACCGUUAUGAUCAUCACCAGCGCGAGUUCAGCGAUGUCUUCGGCCACGGCUUCACCACGCGCCUCAGCAGCGCCGGGCUCAUUUACCGGCACUUUGGCCGGGAGAUCGUCGCCAAGAAGGUCGGCAUUCCGGAGUCCGACCCCAGCUUCCAGGCCAUCUACCUGCGCCUCUACCGGUCCUUCAUCCACAUGGUGGAUGCCAUCGACAAUGGUGUUGGCGCCUGUCCCUGCAGCGAGCGUCUCUUCAUGGACAGCACCUCCCUGAACUCCCGCAUCAGCCGUUUCCUCCCUCGCUGGGAUGAGGAGGAGACCGACAUGGAUGAGCGCUUCAAGAAGGCCGUUGCCCUGGCCGGCGAGGAGUUCGAGUAUGCCAUCGAGCACGUCAAGGGGACCUGGCUGCCAACCCGCAACAUUGUCCGUGACGCCCUGCGCGCUCGCUUUGACCACCACCCCAGCGGUCAGAUCAUGGUCUUCGACUCGUUCGCCCCCUGGCAGCAGCACCUCUUUGACCUGGAGAUCGAGGAUGAAAUCCCCGAGGCCCAGCGCCCGCUUUACAUUCUCAUGCCCUCCCCGGACAGCUUCCGCAUUCGCGCUGUCGGCAUCUCGCCCACCUCCUUCGAGUCGCGCAAGGCCCUCCCGGCUCCGUGGCGCGGUCUCCGCGACGGUGAGCUCUCCACCGUGGCCGGCGUCGAGGACUGCACCUUCGUUCAUGCGAGUGGUUUCAUCGGCGGUAAUGCCACCUUCCAUGGCGCCCUGCAGAUGGCCAUCCGCGCCAUCGAGCACUAA